GCGGGUGGGGCGUAGCAUUGUAGGGUGUUUUCAUUUGGCUGUAACAGAAUACCAGUAAUAGGGACAGAGCCUUGAUUUCAGGCGUAUUCGGCAGCUCACUGGGACGACUAUCAAAAGGAUGGGCGGCGCAGGAGAAAUGAAUGAAGGCGAAUGACUUUGCAAAAACUAGUUAACAUAUUAGCAGCAAUACAGAGAAGGUGCGCGUUCAGAAGGUGCGCAGGCUACAUAGCCUGGGGAUAAAUAGCGUCCUUAAUUGUUUUGCGUGGAGAUGCAUUCGCCGUCAACAAGAGCAUCAUGAAGAAGGUGACAUACGGCGUUAAUCUUUAUGUCGAGUUUACAUUCCUACACUGUCCAAGAUGACACAAUGACAUGGCGUUCACAGCAAUGGUUGCGAGAUUUGUAGUCGCAUAAGCUCAUUUCAAAGAAUCACAUCAUCGCCGACCGCAUUGUGGAGGGCUGGCCUAUUUUUACGGCAGGGCGCGGGUGAAAAAUACAGUAGGCCUAGUAGUAGCAGGCUAAUUGAAGCUGACCAGUUAAGCCCCUCGGAAUACCGUGGCGAUUUUGUAUUUAAUGUAUUGCCCAUUUAACGCAAACGAAAUGAUGAAUUCGAUUGCUCUUGCUGAGGGUUCGCAAUCUCCGGGUGCCGCUGGGGUCCCCGUUGGAACGCCAGCGUCUGGUACUAGUGCUAGGGUGUCUAGUGCUCUACGGAACGAUUUGGGUUCCAAUAUUCAUGCCUUGAAAACACUUAACCUGCGAUUUCGAUGUUUCCUAGCUAAAGUUCAUGAAUUGGAGCGUAGAAACACGUUGUUAGAAAAUCAACUACAGCAAGCAUUAGAGCAAUCCCGCUACAGAGCCUACUUUAGCCGUGAACAAACAACCCAAACGGGCUCUUUGGACCUGUCUCUGGCUGGGUACCAGCCACGGGUAAGCCCACCAGGUACGAUAUGGAACUUUACCCACACGAGGUUUGGGGACCGACUCGAGACUAGGCUCCACAGCCCCGGGGUGUCAUGGAUGCAGGCGGAUGGUGUUGAUGUUGGAGUUCAAGUCGAUACCGUCACCCCUGAACUGCGAGCCCUGUACAAUGUGUUGGCUAAAAUCAAGAGAGAUAGAGACGAAUACAGAAAAAAAUGGGAGGAGGAGCUGUCUAAGCGCCAGCAGAUGGAGGCCAUGGUGGAGACACUUCAGGAGAGUGCCCAGGAGUCUGAGGUGGUUCAGGGGGAGCUCACUGACAAGGUGGAGAGACUCAAUACAGAGCUGGGGGUCUUCAAGAGCCUCAUGACCGAUAAUAAACACCCAACCAACUUUAAAUUGUGCGGACUGGUUGAACUUGCUGAAAUGUCAGAAUUGGACACUGCGAUCCAGGAGAAGGCCAUGAAGGUGGACAUGGAUAUCUGCAGACGCAUUGACAUCACAGCCAAACUAUGUGAUGUGGCCCAUCAACGCAACUCCGAAGACAUGAGCAAGAUGUUCAAUAUGAGUCCCCACAUGAGCCCCUCCAGAGCAACCCCAGAGAGCAAGGGGGCUGGUGCUGCAUCGUGCAGGAAGAAAGAGCGUAAGGCUGUGUGUGAGGAGAGAAGUCCUGAGAUGGAAUCUGAGUCUGGUGGGGGAGAGGAGGAUGAAGCGGAGCACGUCGUAGGGUCACUCAACAUCACAGACGAGAUGAAACGCAUGCUCAACCAGUUAACUUGCAUAGAUGAUAAUUCCUUUGUCACCAGGAGGGAGACAUUUGACUUUGAUGACGACUGUGACAGCCUGGCUUGGGAGGAGAAUGGGGAGACACUGCUCCUCUGGGAGGACUUUGCCAACUACAACACCCCCUGUGCUGCAGCCAGCGCUACUGCAGGUGCCUGUGCUGCAGCAGAAGGACAAGGGGAAGGCCCUGGGCAGGCCUCUCAAGAUGGCAGUCUGGGCAGCCUGAUCGACGAGACUGAGAUGCUUUUCCAGAACCGAGAGAAGGAGUACCAGGAGACCAUGGGACAAAUAGAGUAUGAGUUGGCUACAGCUAAGAGUGAUAUGAACCGUCACCUACAGGAGUACAUGGAGAUGUGUUCUAUGAAGAGAGGCCUGGAUGUGCAGAUGGAGACCUGCAGAAGACUCAUUAAGGGUUCAGGGGGCAACGACAGGAAGUCUCCAUCAUUCAGCUCGGUGGCGAGCAGCGACUCAGGGAACAGUGAUGAGAUCCAGGAGGAGCUGGAGAAGGACGGAGAGGCAGUAGGAGGGGUCAGCUGAUAACUGAACCCUGACCCUUGACCCUCCGGCCCCUCCCUCCACCACCUGAUCCUGCAGAGAUGAUGGAGGAAAUGCUGUGAUCCUCCUCUCCUUCAGCAGGUUUCCAAUUGAUCUAGGAGGAGUCCUGUGGACUCAAUGUAAACUAUUGGUGCUUCACCGUUUAUUACCCAUACAGGGAUGAACUUGUAUUCCUCAACAAGGUGCAGUGUUGGUUCUUCCUCACUGCUUCUCACUGUCCUUUCACUGACUAAAGUACUCACCCCCACUCAACACAUAUCUCCACACACACUCAACUUACUGUACACCUAUGGUCAUUUAACUGUGUAUUCACCCCAGUAUUCAUCCUAACCAUGUUAAGAUACAGAAAUCCGGACAUAUUCAGCCAUUAGGGGGUCCAUCAAAGUGGUCCAUAUGAUAUAUUUCAGAGUAAGUGUUGGCAGGGAAAUUGCAUUUGAUGUACUAAAGAGGUCAGUCUUCACACACUGAAGUCAGUUUCGGAUGCACUCUGAGAUUGCCUUACUGUAGAUGUCAUUGCUUAUACACAUACAAAGAAGGCCCGGAGUGCCUUUGCAGGUACUGUAAAGUCAGUAAAUGUGUCCCAGUUCCCCCAUAUCUGGACACAGCCAUCACAUGAGGGGUAAAACUGAGUUGAAGUACUGUACUAUGCAAUAAGCAAGCCUUAUUUUUCUGGAAUAACCUUCAUUACUUUGCUGGCCAGUUAUGAUUUGUCUAUUAAUCUGACAGCCUAGAGGACUUGGGGCCAGAUAUAUGAAGCAUUUGCAUUAAUGCAAAUUUACACCUAUCAUUUUCAGAAGGCAAUCAAAAGAAAACAGACCUAAAUACAAAGCUAAAAGCUAAACCACAACACUGUCUUAAUUUACUUUUCUAUUUAUUCUCUCGUUCUUUCUCUUAAUGUCUCUUUACCUUUUAAAAAGAAAAUCUCUCUAAAACGAACAGGUGAAACCAUUGUACCAGUGCCAACUGUACAUCUGGCCUCAACAUGGUGUCACUCAGUAUUUUCAGAAGGUAAAUAUGAACAAACAUGGUCAUUUAAAUGAUACCCAUGUGCCUACUGAUACACGAGCCUGGUCCCCGAUCUGUUUGUGCCCUUUAGCAAACUCCAAUUGUUGGUUUGGCAUAACAACCAUAGCAGUUGGCAGAACAGCUCAAACAGAUCUGGGACCAGGCUACUGAUAUGUACGCUGGACUCAGAAUUAAUAUGAAUUGCCUUAUUACGUUUGUUCUAUUUUUGUUAAAUGCUACUUUAGCAUGAACAUUUAUAAUUUAUGAUACACACAGCCUGUUAUGGAUGUUUGUUUAGAUUUCAUCGUUUGAAUGCUCUCCAAAAAAAAAUGUAAAAGAGCAAUUUUGAAUCAUAAAGGAUAAUCCCAUUUUAAUUGUUGAUGAUUUUUGACAUUCGUAAUUGAAUAUAUCUGUUAGUUUCUUUGGGAGGGAUUUGCUGGCUGCAAGUUUCGUAUUUGUAUUUUAUGUGCAAAAUGCAGCUGAAUUCUGAUGCUUGCAAAUGUACUGUAUGACUGAACCAUAUAUUGAAUACAAUUUGAUUCAAUAGAAAGAUUGCUCUUUAUUUUAACAUGUUCUGUCUUGGGGCAGAUAGCAAAUUGACAGCCUACCGUGUAAGAUUUAAAUAUGUGCUUGAUUACAAAUAUAAUUAAUCUGAAUUACUAUAAAGUUGCAACACAUUUCA